GCUAGAUGUUGCGGUGGUUGCCGACGCCGCUCUUCUUCGUGUAUAUAUUAUGCUGCGGUCAAUACUAGAAGGUUCUCCGCCUCUGAGAAUUCGGAACGGCGAGGUUCUAUGAACUUCUACAGAGACUGCACGAAUGUGACCGAGAUUGCUAAUUGUAAGAUUGCUUGUUGCUAUGGUUCCUUUUCGUUCGUCCCAUUCGCUCGGUGCAGUAGAUGUAUAUUGAUCUCGUUAUCUGAGAGAUUCUGAGAGAUGCUACGCGCACGUAUGUCGACGUAGAGUAUCAGAAGCUGAAGAAUCGGAUUCAAUGAGAAGCGACGGGGAUGGAUUCUCCCACGGAAAUAGAAAAUGAUCCCAUCGUGAAAGAGAUACCAGUGUUCCUCUCCAAGACUCUGGCGGACAAAUUAAUUAUUGUUCAGUAUCCCGCGCAUAUCAAGGACGGUUGCACCAAUGCCACCUUCUUAAGGACCUCCAUUAAGCCGGAAAACCAGAAAAUUCGUAUUGAACUCGCGAUGGAUACAACGAACGAACGCACUUACGACCACAAUAUGGGAAAGCAACUUGCUUUAAAUACAGAAAGGAAAUCUAAGGAAAAUGACGAAACGGUAUUUGAAAGUGGUCUGAUGGAUAAGGCCGUAUUGACGUCGGAACGGACAUUGUCGAACUGCUCGAAUUUCGCGGUCGGGAUCUUUCAGGACGACGAGCUGCACAUCACGCCGUUGAAGGCGAUGCUGCACAUGAAGCUGCAGUGCGACUACCUGGACGAGAGCGAGAGGCACGCCAGGGACGGGACGAAGGGCGCGGGAGAAGACGACGACGAGGACGAAGAUAACGCCACACCGGUGAAGGUAACAUUCGCCAGACAUCUGCCGGACAAUCUCAAGAAGCUGCAGGAGCAAUCUUUCCAGCAUCACUACAAAAAAAGCCAGGAGGAGCGUUGGAUUGACACGAAUUACGCGGCGCCUUACGAUAUGCAGGCUGAGUCGACAAGGAUAGAGAUGUUCUGCCCGUCGGCCGAGGAAUCGGCAAAUUCCCUGAACUUGCCUCGGUUAAAAUAUCUGCAUCUAUUGGUACCACAGUUACCUGACGAGUGCUACUCGCAAUCCACUUCCGAGGAUCAGACGGAUCUUCAUCAUAUCAUGACUUUAUCUUUGCUGGAUCAAAUCAAGAUAAUCAUGAAGCAAGUGAGAGUUAUAUCCUAUGCAAAGCUACGCGAAAUUCUAUCGCCGGAGCACGAUGCGACAACGGUACUCAAGUAUUUGCAGCAAGUAGCUAUGCUGGUGCAAGGUAACUGGGUUGUGAAGAGCGAACUGAUAUACCCCAAGGAGGGCCUUCCCUCUCCAAACAGCAACUCCGAGUUCAUGUGCAUAGCUCGUGAUUACAUUUUAUCACUGUUUACCGAACAACAGUUUCUCCGCCGCGAUAAGAUCUCGUCCAUCAUCAAGCUGACGCCGGAAGAGAUUAAUCAGAUUUUUACGGAGCUCGGAACAUUCGAGUCGGAGAAGGGUUGGCGGUUGAAAGAGCCACCCGACUGGGAAUUCUUUAAGAGACAUUCCGUAGACGAUAUCGUCACGCGGCAAGAGGCAUUCUGGGAAGUGAAGAGGAAGCACCUGCGCGAAACCCUGGAAGCGGCGCAGAAUCAGCCGCCGCAGCGUCAGCGCCGGAAGUCGAACCGGGAGUCGUCGCUGGGCUCGGAGAACGAGGAGAAGAACAUCGGCCGCGGUCGGAAGUCGGUGAAGGAGUCGCCUCUGUCGGACAACGACGCGGGCGCGAUAACCACCGAGCCGGCUAAGCACAAGAAGAGUCGCUCCAGAAAGAUAUCGGAGACCACCACCACGUGACCAAGACCGAUACACCGAGCGUAGUUCAAAGCUUCUCCUCUCGCCUGUCUCUCCGAUCGUCGUCGUCGUCGUCGUCACGUCACAUCUGUGAAUCACACGCAUAACAAGCAUCGCUACGAAUCGUGAGAUUUCUCCUCGAUAAAAAAUUAUGUAUUCGAGACUCGCGUUGAAGCAUUAAUCCUCAAUUAAUGUAUAAAUAUAUAGUAUAUUACGGUUUAGUUGGUAUGCUAUGUAUUUAUUAACGCAGCUUCGAAUUUACGCGCGUGUACGUAAUAUACAUAUAUUUAUACAUAUUUUAUGUUGUAUCGUGUAUAUUACAAUAUUCACACACACACACACAC